CAAACUUGUAUGUAAUUAUUCCAACCCUACGCUUUUCGCAAAAGGAUAGCCUGCCUAGCAACGAUAAUGGGCGCAUUCUUUUUUAUCCUCGCAAAAGGAACGAUAUACUCAGGCUAUCGUCACUUAGAUGCAUACGACACGGACUGCUUGGAACUUUUCUCUCAAGUCUUGAACGGGGUCCUAAAAGAUUCCACAUUCGAUGCUUUGCAUGAAGGCCUCCCAGUGAAAUGGCAGCUGCCAUACGAUACUUUCUAUCCUUUCGGCGACCGUCGUGGAGCGGGCAUUGAGACUGUUUGGACCUUCGAACUGGACAACGACAUGCUUCUCUUCAGCAAAAGGGAUUGUGGCGGCCGUCUUGCUCUUCCACUUGUUCGCCAGCGCCCUAUCACGCUUAGUGACUUCGAGCCGCUUGAGCCGCCAAGACAGCCGACUUUAAGCUUAGGAGAUGAUUCUCUGCUUACGCCGCCAUGUUGGGAACCCAGACUCUAUGUACCUGAAAGGAACAAAGCUUUUCUCUCCCGUGUACUCAACGAUUUCGGUUAUCAGUGGCGGCACAUCCUUCGGAGUCGAUACAACGACCUCACCUUCCGCAAAUUGGCCCGAGCCGUCAUCCGAAUAGCGACUCUAGACUUUAAUGUCGUAGAGAUUACGAAACCUCGACACGGCCAAUCGUCAGGACCAAUGGUGUGGAUAGACUCUCUACCAGAAUGGGAUCCUUUUGACAGUCACUUUACCCGAGUUGGUCAACUGUGGAUUGCAAUGUCUCAAGAUCUUAAAGAAGGUCUUUCACUGGUUCAGCGUCAUGUCUUCACAAAAACUGGAAAUGCAGGGGAUUCGUGUCUACGAUCGGCGGACGUUGUAGACACAUACUUGAUUCUAUCGGUAAGGCAUAUUGUCUUUUGCCGUGCCAGUAGAGACAAGGUAGAAUGGACGCAACCAGAGCCCUGCUUCAAUGGCGUAGACAGUCUCUCAGACCGGGCACUGGACAUGCUCCUCUCGGCGACUUCUACAAGUCCGUGCCAAACGCCAAUCCACAAUCUCCCCACCGAGAUCCAAAACAAAAUCAUCAAAUACACGUCUCAAGGUUCUGUAGAAGCAGCUAGGAUGGGCUGCAUUUUAGGGCUUGGGUUACCUUUUUUAUGGAAAGAUGGUGACUUGCCCCUAGAGAGAGAGGAAGCCCAUAGAAACCGGAGCGAAAUCACUCCAGCCGAGUCGCAGCUCUGGUUCGAUAAUUACAUGAGUGGAAUUUCAUACAAAGGAAAUCGACAUCUGGAUGUCAGAACAUUCAGCGACUAGGGACCAUGAUCGAAUUUGAGGCAUUCUAGGGCCAGAAUCUGCGCAACUCUUGUGAAUACCGAUGCCGAGGAUGAGUUUGGAGAAGGACAAUAUCUGUUACCGAUAUCCUUGCGCUUAAAGAGUCAUCUCUGCUUAGAUAGGCCAUGAUUUGCCCUAGGCACUUGAUCUGAUUAUUGGGGACAGACUGGGUUUCAACGAGCAAUCUUAAAUUCAAAAUAAAGCAGACCGUUCACU